GCGAGGCAGCAGAGUGGUGCAGCACCAGCGCUCGCGGCGGGACCUCCUCCUCCUCCUCCUCCUCCUCUUGGGAACCUUGACGACACCUUCUGCUGUGCCCAGCUCAUUGACUCCGCUGUCGCCGGUCCCUACCGCAGCGGCGCCGGGAGGAGGAGGAGAGACGCAGCUGGGCCCCGCCGUUAGAAGGGUCCCCAGCGCCGCUCGCCCCCUCGGCCUUAGCCUCCGAGGUCAAUCCUUUAGCGGGGUCUCCGCUUUUCUCUUGCCGUCUCCAGCUCCCUCUUAUCGCCUCGAUGGGGCUUCUGGACUCGGAGCCAGGUAGUGUCCUGAACGUGGUGUCCACGGCGCUCAACGACACCGUGGAGUUCUACCGCUGGACCUGGUCCAUCGCAGAUAAACGCGUGGAAGACUGGCCUCUGAUGCAGUCCCCAUGGCCUACACUAAGCAUAAGCACUCUUUAUCUCCUGUUCGUGUGGUUGGGUCCAAAGUGGAUGAAGGACCGGGAGCCAUUUCAGAUGCGCUUAGUGCUCAUUCUCUAUAAUUUUGGAAUGGUUUUGCUUAACCUUUUCAUCUUCAGAGAGUUAUUCAUGGGAUCAUAUAAUGCAGGAUAUAGCUAUAUUUGCCAGACUGUGGAUUAUUCUAAUAACGUUAAUGAAGUCAGGAUAGCUGCUGCUUUGUGGUGGUACUUUGUAUCUAAAGGAGUUGAGUAUUUGGACACAGUGUUUUUUAUCCUAAGGAAGAAAAACAAUCAGGUUUCUUUCCUUCAUGUGUAUCACCACUGUACCAUGUUUACCUUGUGGUGGAUUGGAAUUAAAUGGGUCGCAGGGGGACAAGCAUUUUUCGGAGCCCAGAUGAAUUCCUUCAUCCAUGUGAUUAUGUACUCAUACUAUGGGUUAACCGCCUUUGGCCCAUGGAUUCAGAAGUAUCUUUGGUGGAAACGAUACCUAACCAUGUUGCAGCUGGUUCAGUUCCAUGUGACCAUUGGGCACACAGCUCUGUCUCUUUACACCGACUGCCCCUUCCCCAAAUGGAUGCACUGGGCUCUAAUUGCCUAUGCAAUCAGCUUCAUAUUUCUCUUUCUCAACUUCUACGUUCGGACAUACAAUGAACCUAAGAAACAAAAAGCUGGAAAAACAACCAUGAAUGGUAUUUCAGCAAAUGGUGUGAACAAAUCAGAAAAGCAGCUAGUGAUAGAAAAUGGAAAAAAUCAGAAAAAUGGAAAAGCAAAAGGAGAGUAAAUUGAACUGGGCCUUAACUGUUGUUGACAGUGAGGAAAAUCUAAUGUCAUAUAAAAUUUCAGGGAAAACAGAAGCAAAGGAGAGUCGGGGGUGGGGAGAAAAGGCAAAUGUACUUUAUGUACUAGUAAUCUUUAGACUGAGUAAAGUGUUAAAUACAAUACCUGGAUGUUUUAUUUAUGAAGUUUUUAUUUUAAACCUUCUUUUUUAUUAGCCUUGAUGUUGUCCAGACCAAAGCAGUCCUAAUGUGACUUUGGACACUCUCCCUCUGUUCAUAUCCACUUGUCUAAUGAGGGAAAUUUUCUUGUAUCCGACAUUCAUUCGUCCUUCAGUCUGAAUUUUAGACAAUCACAGAGUUUUUAUAAAAUUUUUAUUUGGCUCAAUUACCAGUUACCUAUUGAUUAAAAUCAGUUACCUUACAUUUUCUUGUCCAAAGCUGGAAAUCUGGAUACAUUUAAAUUUGUGCAUUUGAAUUCAUUGGUUGACCAGAAUGGUCAAAUCUCUCCACCUCUAGUCAGAAUAUACCUUUUUGGUUGUAAUUAAAUUAAAAAAAAAAAAAAUCUGCUGAUCUCUGUAGAAUCUUAGAGGCUUGAUGAUGAUGGUGUUGGUGAAAAUAAGAAAGAAUUACAGUAAAAUCCUGUCUUGUGACCCAAAAGUCUCCAUGACUCUCAGCACAAAUCACUGUGGGAAACAAUUUUUGUAAUGAAAAGGCAGCCUUUGAGUACUCCUAUUACUAGCAGAAGCAUAUUAUGAAAACUAAUAUUAUUGUAUGAUUGAAACAUGAAGCAACUCGUGUCCUUAGUAACAUCACAAGAUAGUUCAUUUGUGUGCUGUUAGCUGAGAGUAUAUUGAUUUUUAUCAGGCUUUCCUUGUUUUGAUUUGUAGCUGUUACUGAUUUUUCAUAUGUGGAAAUAUACCUACCUCUUCUGUUGGAAAGAACACUUAAAUAAAUUUUAAUUAACAAAUCAAGGAGUCCUCUAAUGUAAAUUUUAAUUUUAACUUUUGAAUCCACUAGUAUUGUUUGUUUUUUAACAAAUAGCAUACACCGACAUUUCUGUGAAACUCUCCUUCUCUCUCAAUGUGUUUAAUUUUGGAGUGAUAUCUCCCUUGUGACUAAGUUGCAGAAUCUUAUUUAUUAACAAAAAUAUGAAGUGUAAACCCAUUUUGGUGCAAUAUCCUUGACUCCUUGGUGCUAAAGAUCGUUAAAUUCAGUGCGUGAUGUUAUAAAGUAUUAAUUGUUAAAACACAAAAUGAGUAACAGUGAGAGUUGUCAGAGCUAUCGAGUUAAAUUUGCUAUUUACAAAUGAAGUAUUUCAUACAGUAGAAAUGAAAAAAAAACUAGAAAUAAAGUGGAAAAGAAAACUUGUACCAUGUUUCAUUACAUAGGUUAAAUUGUUAGAGGAUGUCACAGAGGGAUCGUUAUAGAAAAGAGAAAAUGUGACAAAUAUAGCAUGAAUAUUUCUAAGUAUUUCAACAUGUCAAAACUGCAUGUGUAGGAUGUAUGCUGUUUGUACAAACGAUUUCAGAAUAUUUUGUAAACUAUAAAAUAUUUAUUGUGCAUUAAAAUUAUAUACCUUCCCCCAAAGGCAUGCAGUUAUGAGAAUUACAGAAAAUAUGCAGCACACAUAGUUUGGUCUUCGAGGAAUCAACACCUUUGUUUUUGCUCCUCAGUGUGUAAUGACUAGAGAUUUGUAAAUCUUUGUGAACAUUCUGUACUGGUUCCCCAGAGCUAUCCAUUCCCUGCCUCCUGAUUUCAGCACAAUAAAUAUACUACUGCUAUGGGAAAAGUGA